UCUCAACCCCCCUCCCUCAGCCAGACCCCCCCCAGCGGGGUGACAACCCACCAGCAUGGAGGCCUCCUUCGGCCCCACCUUCUCAGCCGUGGUUCCUGGAGCUAAAACGGAAGCCUCCGGUACCUACAAGCAGCACCGCCGUACCCCCUCCUCCUCCAGUACCCUCACAUACUCGCCACGAGACGACGAGGAUGGCAUGCUCCCCAUCAGCACCCCGAGGCGUUCUGACUCUGCCAUCUCGGUGCGUUCCCUCCUCUCUGAGUCCAACAUGUCUCUCCGCUCGACCUUCUCUCUUCACGAGGACGACGACGACACGGAGCCCCUGGUGUUUGCAGAGCAGCCGUCGGUGAAGCUGUGUUGUCAGCUCUGCUGCAGUGUCUUCAAAGACCCUGUCAUCACCACCUGUGGGCACACCUUCUGCAGGCGAUGUGCCUUGACCUCCGAUAAGUGUCCGGUGGACACGGCUAAGUUGACGGUGGUGGUGAACAACAUAGCCGUAGCAGAACAGAUAGGAGAGCUGUUUAUCCACUGUAAAUACGGCUGCCGGCUCUUAAACACCAGCCCCACUUCCCCUAACGGGGCCGGAGGAGGGGCUUCCCCUAACGGGGCCGGAGGAGGCACUGCUGCUAGUCGGGGUGAAGGGACACCUAAGAUGGGAGGACCUGGGAACUUUGAGGUUGAUCCAAUGGGCUGUCCUUUUACCAUCAAGCUCACCACACGCAAGGAGCACGAGGUGAGCUGUGACUACCGUCCAGUGCGCUGUCCCAACAACCCCUCCUGCCCUCCUCUCCUCACCAUGAACCUGGAGGGACACCUAAAGGAAUGCGAACACAUCAAAUGCCCUCACUCCAAAUAUGGAUGUGCGUUUAUCGGUAACCAGGAUACCUAUUCCACACAUCUGGACCUGUGUAAGUUUGAAGGGCUGAAGGAGUUCCUGCAGCAGACAGAUGACAGGUUCCAUGAGAUGCAGGUGACCCUGUCUCAGAAGGACCAGGACAUUGCCUUCCUGCGGUCCAUGCUGGGGAAACUGUCUGAGAAACUGGACCAGCUGGAGAAGAACCUGGAACUGAAGUUUGAUGUCCUGGAUGAGAACCAGAGUAAGCUGAGUGAAGACCUGAUGGAGUUUAGGAGAGAUGCCUCCAUGCUCAACGAUGAGUUGUCCCACAUCAACGCCAGACUCAACAUGGGCAUCCUGGGCUCCUACGACCCUCAGCAGAUCUUUAAAUGUAAAGGGACGUUCGUAGGUCACCAGGGGCCAGUCUGGUGUCUGUGUGUCUACUCUACAGGGGACCUGCUCUUCUCUGGGUCCUCGGACAAGACCAUCAAGGUGUGGGAUACCUGCACCACCUAUAAAUGCCAGAAGACUCUGGAGGGUCAUGAUGGAAUCGUGCUGGCACUGUGUAUACAGGGGAACAGACUGUAUAGUGGCUCAGCUGACUGCACCAUCAUAGUGUGGGACGUCCAAACCCUGCAGAAGGUGAACACAAUCCGUGCCCAUGACAACCCAGUGUGUACGCUGGUGUCCUCCCACAGCAUGCUGUUUAGCGGAUCCCUCAAGGCCAUCAAGGUGUGGGACAUAGUGGGGACAGAGUUGAAGCUGAAGAAGGAGUUAACGGGAUUGAACCACUGGGUUCGUGCUCUGGUGGCCUCUCAGAACCACCUCUACAGUGGAUCAUACCAGACCAUCAAGAUCUGGGACAUCCGUUCCCUGGACUGUGUUCAUGUCCUCCAGACCAGUGGGGGCAGUGUCUAUUCCAUCGCUGUCACCAACCAUCACAUCGUCUGUGGCACCUACGAGAACCUUAUACACGUCUGGGAUAUAGAGUCCAAGGAGCAGGUCCGGACCCUAACGGGUCAUGUGGGGACAGUGUACGCUCUAGCAGUCAUCUCUACACCAGACCAGACCAAGGUGUUCAGCGCCUCCUAUGACCGCUCACUCAGGGUGUGGAGCAUGGACAACAUGAUCUGUACUCAGACCCUCCUCAGACACCAGGGGAGUGUAACCGCCCUGGCCGUCAGUAGGGGGCGCCUGUUCUCUGGAGCUGUGGACAGCACCGUCAAGGUGUGGACAUGUUAGAGGACGCUGAUUGGUUUGAGAGGUUGCUGUCGAGGAGAGCAGCUGAUUGGUUCCAACCUCAAUGGACCACCCUGUGUCAAACGGACCAUAUGAACUCUGACACACACACACACACACACACACACACACACACACACACACACACACACACACACACACACACACACACACACACACACACACACACACACACACACACACACACACACACACACACACACACACUGAUUGGUUCAUCAUCCUUCUGGAUCAUGACUGUUUUAAAUAUCUCUACUAUAUGAACUUUAACCCCCCCCCUCAGAAGUGAUCACGACCUUUGUGUCCUUAGCCCAGUGCAUUAUGGGUGGAGCUGCCAUACCUUAGCUCUGCCCACUGACGACACCAGCCCUCCCCUGAUUGGGACAAUUCCAGAACUGUGUACCGAAGACUUGUUAGCUCCCCAAGAUAAUGCCUUGGCUUCAGUUCAGUCCCCCGGGGGACUGGGCCGUUACUGAUCCGGUGACCGGACCGUUACUGACC